AAGUCCCCACGCGUGUCCCACGCAGUCUCUUUUCCCGGCCACAAACAAACGUGAGUGCUUCACUCACCGCUCUUUUAUAACUUAAAAAGGAAAAAAAAUCAUAAAAAAACACAAAAUACGCAAAACCAACAUAAAAAUUAAGUACUGGAAAACUGAACAGAAAAAUCUUUAAAAAACAAACAAAAAAAGCUCUCAAAUAUAUAUUUUUUCUUUCUUAAAGACAACAGAAGGCCUCGGGCACCGCAAGCCUGACGUUUUAUGACGGAUAAUAACAAAUAUUUAAAAGAGAAGGAGAGCCGCGGACCUGCGAGGCGACGCAGCAUCCCAUUUUCGGAGCUGCGACCUGACUCGGCAGACGAUUUUACCCCGGAUUGCACAGAGGCACCCGGCGUUCGGCUGUAAGCUGCGUGGUCCGCCGUCCCUUGAGAGUUAUGAAUACAGCCGCAGCAGGCAGUUACCCCAUGGCUUCCCUUUAUGUGGGCGACCUGCACCCCGACAUCACGGAGGCUAUGCUGUACGAGAAAUUCAGCCCUGCGGGACCGGUGCUGUCCAUCCGUGUGUGUCGCGACAUGAUCACCCGGCGCUCGCUGGGUUACGCCUAUGUGAACUUCCAGCAGCCCGCAGACGCUGAACGAGCCCUGGACACCAUGAACUUCGAUGUGGUCAAAGGGAAACCCAUUCGAAUCAUGUGGUCUCAAAGAGACCCUUCGCUCAGGAAAUCUGGGGUGGGAAACGUCUUCAUCAAAAACCUGGACAAGUCAAUUGACAACAAGGCACUUUAUGACACAUUCUCUGCCUUUGGGAACAUCCUUUCUUGCAAGGUCGUGUGUGAUGAGAAUGGAUCAAAAGGAUAUGCAUUCGUGCAUUUUGAGACACAGGAUGCAGCUGACCGCGCCAUUGAGAAGAUGAACGGCAUGCUGCUCAACGACCGCAAGGUGUUUGUGGGACGUUUCAAAUCUCGAAAGGAGAGGGAGACCGAGCUGGGAGCCAAAGCCAAGGAAUUUACCAACGUAUACAUAAAAAACUUUGGGGAGGACAUGGAUGACAGCAGGUUGAAGGAGUUGUUUGACAAGUAUGGAAAAACACUGAGUGUGAAAGUGAUGACCGAUCCAAUGGGAAAAUCGAGAGGCUUUGGCUUCGUAAGCUAUGAGAAGCAUGAAGAUGCUAACAAGGCUGUGGAGGAGAUGAACGGCACAGAACUCAAUGGCAAGACUGUGUUUGUGGGCCGUGCCCAGAAGAAGAUGGAACGGCAGGCAGAACUGAAGAGGAAAUUUGAACAACUAAAGCAGGAGAGGCUCAGUCGCUAUCAGGGUGUCAACCUUUACAUCAAGAACCUAGAUGACACUAUUGAUGAUGAGAAACUGCGCAAAGAGUUUUCCCCAUUUGGAUCCAUCACUAGUGCUAAGGUGAUGCUGGAAGACGGCCGGUCCAAGGGGUUUGGGUUUGUGUGCUUCUCAUCUCCUGAGGAAGCCACAAAGGCCGUGACAGAGAUGAAUGGGCGCAUCGUGGGCUCCAAGCCAUUGUAUGUGGCUCUGGCACAGCGCAAAGAGGAACGCAAGGCCCACCUCACUAACCAAUACAUGCAGCGCAUUGCAGGAAUGCGGGCAAUGCCUGCUAAUGCCAUCAUCAACCAGUUCCAGCCGGCCAGUGGCUACUUCAUGCCUGCUGUUCCACAGGCACAAAACAGGACAACUUACUAUGCCCCUAAUCAGCUGGCACAGAUGCGACCUAACCCCCGCUGGCAGCAGCAAGGAGGUCGAGCCCAAGGUGGAUUUCAGGGCAUACCCAAUUCACUGCGCCAGGCUGGUCCACGUGCCAACCUGCGGCACCUCACACCAAGCACUAAUUCACAGAGCCCUCGGGGUAUGCCAGCUGGGGCACAGAGAGUGGGAGGGAGCAGUCAGCCACUGGGUCCGCGGCCCUGCAUGGGCGUCCCCAGCCCACGCGCAGCGCCACCCUACAAGUACGCCAGCAGCGUACGGAGCACACAGAACCAGGUGGUGCAGCCUGUGGCCCUGCAGCAGGUGAGCACACAGAACCAGUUGGUGCAGCCUGGGGCCCUGCAGCAGGUGAGCACACAGAACCAGGUGGUGCAGCCUAUGGCCCUGCAGCAGGUGAGCACACAGAACCAGGUGGUGCAGCCUGGGGCCCUGCAGCAGGUGAGCACACAGAACCAGGUGGUGCAGCCUGGGGCCCUGCAGCAGGUGAGCACACAGAACCAGGUGGUGCAGCCUGGGGCCCUGCAGCAGGUGAGCACACAGAACCAGGUGGUGCAGCCUGGGGCCCUGCAGCAGGUGAGCACACCUGGCCAGGUAGGGCUUUCCAGCUGAUAUAUUCUCCUGUAUCGAAUCCAUGCCGUAAGUACGACACAGCUGUGGACCCUACACUGUGCAGCUCCCCAGAAAUGUCAUGGUGAUGCAGACCACAAGAAAUGUGCUUGGUCCACUUGGUAGCAUUGGAGCAAAGACAGUGUACAUCCCAGGUGUACUUAUACUGCUGAUUGAAACGCAAACAUUAUUUAUAUCUAGCCUUAAAUAAGCCACCCUAGGCAUCACAGCAACAGAUGUACAAAACACUCAGGAUGACUUCACUAACCUCCAUUAAGUUUAAUAGUAAUUUACAAAAUUAAAAUUAUAAGAAAAUAAGAAUUAGUAUAGAUACUACCUUUAGAAAGGAAAAUGCAUAACAAGUGACUUUAUUGCAGCUCAGUAUUUCCACAAACUUGUCUGUCGGAAGUUUGGAGCAACACAGAUGUAAUCAGGACUCGAUAAAUGGAUACUUUGUUAAAAGCUUUUUUUUCUGUUUCAGUUGCAUGAUUCAACAAUUGAAUACAUUGCAGGGAGGGAAGACAAUAAAUGCGACAUCCAAACCUAUGUAUCACCUAGCGGCAGAGGCAGUGUAAUUACUGACUGACAGACAGACCAGUGCACAAAUAUAAAUACUCGCUACAGCAUAGGAGUAUAAUAUGACCUUUUAGCCUUUAGUGGCGUUCGCAGAGAGCACACUGAACCUGACUGCGACUUCU